CAGAGAUCCAAUUUCAACACGGCAGCAUUCCCAAAAAAUUUCAAGACAGACAACGUGAGGCAGCGCGGGACAGGACAAGAUCCUGGAUGUUCCUUGAAGAAACAACUGGAGGCAGAGUUUGUAUCCAACUUGAACGCGGUAGACCUCUGUGCCGACUGAAACCACACAGCCGAGCUGGGACUUUGGUUAUGUGACAGACAGACAUGAUGACAGAGAAAAAGACAGACAACCCGAUGAGCCACAGGACUAGAGCAAUGUGAUUUCUCAUCGAGCCAUUAGUGUCUAUCAGCAGCUGUUUUAUAUUUAUCCAGGUGUUCUACAAAUACUAAGGAAAAGGGUUUGCAACGCUCUCUGACUUUGGAUACAGACAGGGAUGGAAGGUGGGGACCCACAGUCCAACGAAGAAGGAGGCAGAGGGAAAGAGGGUGAUGCAGAGAAAGAAAAACACCUGAAGAACCAACUCAAUAGUGAGGAAAAAGGAGAGAAAGAGAACAAUGGGAAUGAGAAAGAAAAGAAGAAAGAUAAACGCCGUUCAGGGUCUCUUUGGAGGAGUGGAUGGGCCCUGAGUGAAAGACUGGCAAUCAAUGUCUCCGGAAUGCGAUACGAAACUCAGCUUCGUACCUUAGCUCAAUUCCCUGAAUCCAUGCUUGGUGAUCCAAGACGGAGGUCACGAUACUUUGACCCACUGCGAAAUGAGCUCUUCCUGGACCGUAAUCGAGCCUGCUUUGAUGCAAUUCUGUAUUUUUAUCAGUCAGGCGGGAGGCUUCGUAGGCCUGCUAACAUACCCCUGGACAUCUUUAUGGAUGAGCUGAGGUUCUACGAGCUUGGAGAGGACGUCAUGAACCGUUUCAAGGAGGAUGAAGGCUUUCCAAAAGAGGAGGAGAGGCCACUGCCAUCCAAUGAAAUUCAGAAAAAACUGUGGAUGUUGUUUGAGCACCCUGAGUCCUCAUCAGGAGCACGUAUCAUCGCCAUCAUCAGUGUGAUGGUGAUCGUGGUGUCCAUUCUAAUCUUCUGCCUGGAGACACUGCCUGACCUCAGGAGUGACAAAGAGUACAACGCCCAGGCAAAGAAUGGCUCAGAGAACAUGCCUCCUCCACCGAGCGUCUUCAAUGACCCCUUCUUCAUUGUGGAAACCAUUUGUAUAUGUUGGUUCUCCUUUGAGCUCGUCAUGCGCUUUGCUUGCUCACCGAGCAAGACACACUUCUUCAAGGAUGUCAUGAACAUCAUUGACUUUAGUGCCAUCUUACCUUAUUUUGUCACCUUGGGAACGGAGCUGGCAAAAGACGACGACGCCUCUCCAGCUACCUCACUGGCUAUCAUCAGAGUUAUCAGGCUGGUGAGGGUCUUCAGGAUCUUCAAGCUAUCUCGACAUUCGAAGGGUCUCCAAAUUCUUGGUCAGACACUGAGGGCCAGUAUGCGGGAGCUUGGUCUCCUUAUUUUCUUCCUGUUUAUCGGUGUCAUUCUGUUUUCCAGUGCCGUCUACUUUGCAGAAGCGGACCACAAUAAAACUGAUUUUGUCAGUAUUCCACAUGGCUUCUGGUGGGCAGUUGUCACCAUGACCACAGUGGGAUAUGGUGAUAUGUACCCAGCUACAGUGUGGGGCAAAAUGGUGGGCUCUAUGUGUGCCAUCGCCGGUGUUCUCACAAUCUCACUGCCUGUGCCCGUCAUUGUGUCCAACUUCAGCUACUUCUACCAUCGUGAGAACGAAUGUGAGGAUCGAACUGAAUACACUCACGUCCAGACAUCUCUGUGGGACGAUGAGGAGCCUGAAGAUGAUGAAAUAGAGGAAGGGGACAGGGAUUUAGAGGUGGAUUAUUAUGCUAUUGAAGGCAUCUGCAAUCCGCUUAACGGGACCUUGCUUGGAGGACUAUGUACAGGCCAGAGCACAGAGCAAAGUGGAGGAAAUAUGUAUCUCAGAGAACCAUUGGUCACUCAAGUUUAGAGAGGGUGAGUGUGUUUGGUAGCCUUAAGCAUACACACUAUUAAAUAAGGAAAAGAAAAAAAACACUGAUAGAUAUGGAAUAACAUUAAACAUUAUAAAGGCCCGAGGUCCUGGAAAUAAAAAUUUGUUAACUUGACAUUUGCGAAUGGUGUAGAGUCCAAUAUACCUCCUAAUGACUUUAUUUUGCUUGUCUUGGUCAUUCGUAGUAAUUUAUUGAUGCACUAGCUAAUCACUUGUCUCUGUAAGGCAACUUUCCUGUUGUAAAGUUUAAUAACACAAUGGUUUUUCAUUCUCAGGGCCACGGCAUAUAUGAAAUAUAAAUGAUUCAUUAUAAUUGCUACCAUCUUGAUACUAAACAGAUUUGGUGAAAGUCUGUGCCUUGAAACUAUAAUGUCUUAGAGUUGGAUGUGGAUAGAAGAUUAUUGGUAGUAAAUAUUUGACAUCUUAACAGAACUCAACCAAACACCAGCAACACUGCGCUUUUAGAAAGAUAGAGCUUGAAACUACUCCACCUUCUCAACAUUCUUCUGCAAAGAAUGCAUUGAAUUAUUUUAUUAUUUGUUUGGUUUAUCUUUUAUCAAUGAGGUUGAAGUAUUACUGAAUGAUACAUACUAUUGUAUUGUAUUUGUGGUUUUACUGUGCAGUGGCAAAAACAAUGUGUUAAUCUGCUUAAUUAUGCACUCAG